GAAACGAUAAAAAAUAUUAGUAUGUUCACUAACACUUCGUCUGUGUCGAUUAAUGUGUGUUGCGCAUUCGUUUUGCCGUUGUUGGGUUUUCUUAAAAAUUGACUACCUUAACUUGUGCACAUGGGCGAUAGAAAGAGAAACGGAAACGGCAAGUACAACAGACCUCAGAGAAAUCGACAAACCAAAAAUGGAUCUUCCACAAUACCAACUCAAGCCAUGGUUAAUGCACCCGAUCAAAGUAAACCCCAACCCUUAGCACCUCCUUCGUCGUCGAGAGGAUGUGUAAAAAAUCCAAUUGUACUAGUAUUUGAAAUUAUUGUUAUUUACUAUAUGUACAUAGUCACGAUAUAUUUUAAGAUGUUGCGAGUGUUCCUACCACAAGCACGCAAAUCCGUCAAAGACAAUGUUGUACUAGUAACGGGAACUGGCCGAGGUCUGGGUCGCGAACUGGCGUUGGAGUUCGCCAAGUUGGGCGCCAAAGUGGCGUGCGUCGACGUCGACCAGGCAGGCAACGAAGAAACGGCUCAGCUGAUCGCCAAAACCGUACCUGGAGCCGUUGUGAAGACUUACAAGGUAAACGUGGCAGUCCGGGCCGAAAUCACCGCAUUGGCCGUGAACGUUGCAUUAGACCUAGGCCAAGUCGACGUGCUGAUCAACAACGCGGCCGUCAUAGUUGGCCACACCUUCUUGGGCGCCAAAGACGAAACUAUCUCGUCCAUCAUCAAUAUCAACUUACUCGGUCAUUUUUGGAUGAUCCGUACGUUCCUGCCGAGCAUGAUGAAAAGGAAUAGUGGUCACAUUGUGGCCAUUUCAUCUACUGCGUCGCUCAGUGGAUUGGCAAAGCUUUCAGCGUACACGGCCAGCAAAUGUGGCGUUAAUGGCAUGAUGGAAAGUCUCAGAGAAGAACUCAGAAGUCAUCCUGAAACCAACAUACAGACUACUAUUGUCGAGCCAUAUUUAAUGAAUACCAGCGCUGAUUACAUGAAAUACAUCAAUACCAGAUUACCUGUUUUGUCAGUUGAGAAAGUGGCUAAAGCUACAGUUAAAGGGAUUUUAAGGAACGAAGUUGAAUUUUCUGUACCCAUGACAUCAUAUUACACAAAUACGCUCAGAAAAAUUUUGCCAGUCAACAUAUCGGACUCGAUCAAGAAUAUUUUUUACGUGAGAGUAGUGUUGCCGCCUCAAGAGUGUCAAGACAAUCAGUCCAACAUGAGAAUCAUCAAUCAGACGCAAACCGCUCAAUGAAACCGCCUUAAACGUUUUGUUUUUAUCCAACUCAAUUCACUAUUGGUGUUGUUACUUACCUACCUAUUAUUAUUUUUAAUAUUUUAUUUUAUGAAUAUUUGUAAUGUAAUACUUUAAUAUUACUUACGCUAUACAAACAUAUUAUAUUUUCCAAUGCUUUGUAUAAAUAUUUUUAUAAAAUCUAUAUUUUACACCAAAGUUGGUAUGUUGACUAUA